AUGAACACCUCAUUACCAAAACAUACAUCUAGCCAUUUUCAGUCAUAUAAACAUCAUGGUAAAGAUCUCGAUGAACUUCGUCGUCGAAGAAAUCAAUAUAAUGUCUCAUUACGAAAAAAUAAACGCGAUGAGCAAAUACAAUUUAAACGUAAUCUAAUUGUUAAUGAUAGCACGUCAGAUGAAACCGACGAUGAUAGUGAACAACAUCAAUGUGUAGAUCUCAAUGAAAUCGUUUUAAAAUCUCAAAACUCAGAUCCAACAAUAUGUUUUCAAGGUAUACGUUCAGCAAGAAAAGUCUUAUCUAUUGAGCGUAAUCCACCAAUUGAUGAAUUAAUUAAUUUAAAUUUAUUGCCAAUACUUGUUCAAUGUUUAUCCUAUGAUCAAUAUCCUGAAUUACAAUUCGAAGCUGCCUGGGCGUUAACAAACGUUGCAUCAGGAAAUUCACAACAAACACAGGCAGUCGUUAAUGCUAAUGCGUUACCUUAUUUGUUACGUUUAUUAAAGUCAACUUAUUCAAAUGUUUGUGAACAAGCUGUUUGGGCUAUAGGAAAUCUUAUUGGUGAUGGUUCAAGAUUACGUGAUUAUGCUAUUGAAUUAGGUGUUAUUCCACCAAUCAUUGAAUUUGUACAAAAAGAGAUUCCUAUUACAUUCCAAAGAAAUGUAACAUGGGUUUUUGUAAAUCUCUGCCGUCAUAAAGAUCCACCAUUAUCAUUAAAUGCUGCUGCAGAAAUGUUGCCUGCAUUAAAAUAUCUUUUAUCAUAUAGUGAUAUUACUAUUCUUGUUGAUUGUACAUGGGCAUUAGCAUAUCUUCUCGAUUGUGGAAAUUCUAUGAUUCAACUUGUUGUUGAAUCAGGUGUAUUACGAGAGAUUGUUCAAUUGUUAAGUCAUAGUGAAAUAAAAAUUAUUACAGCUGCAUUGAGAGCUAUUGGAAAUGUAGUAACAGGUACUGAUGAACAAACACAAUAUAUAAUUAACCUUGGCGCUUUGAACUUUUUUUCAAAAUUACUUCAACAUCAAAAACAUAAACUUAAUAAAGAAGCUGCUUGGUUACUAUCGAAUAUAACAGCGGGUAAUCAACAACAAGUUCAAGCAGUGAUUGAUGCUCAACUGAUACCCGAUGUGAUACAUCAUUUACAACAUGGUGAAAUUCAAACUCAAAAAGAAGCAUCUUGGUGUAUAUCAAAUUUAACAAUGAAUGGUUCAGUACAACAAAUUCAAUAUAUUGUUAACUUACAUGUUAUUCCACCCCUUUGCAAUUUAUUACAACAACAAGAUGCUCAAUUGUUACAAGUGUGCCUUGAUGCACUACAUAAUAUUCUUAAACAAACACCUGAAGAAAAUCUUGAAGAAGUGACAAUGAAAAUCGAAGAAUGUGGAGGUCUCGAUAAAAUUGAGAAUCUUCAAACAUAUUCUAAUAAUGAAAUUUAUCAACAAUCCUAUGAAAUUAUAGAAAAAUAUUUCACGAAUGAAAAUGAUUGUCAUGAUCAUGAUGAUGACAUAUCAUAUAUGAGUCAAGUUCCAAAUCAAGAUGUAUUUCCAUUUGGUAAUAACAGUGCGAAUCAAACUGUACCUGACAAUAAUUUCAAUCAAAAUAAUCUACAUUUUCAGUUUUAA